AUCUGCAGGACUUCUGCUGAUUGACCAAGUGCUCCUUUAAGUUUUUUUUUUUUAAAUCUAUGUCCCAUACCUCUCUCCCAAACCUAUCACACACACCUUCUUACCUCCAACCCUCUCCACAGAGCAGCGUCCCGCUCAUACCUGUGUUUAGAGGGCUGACGGGCACUAAAUCAGAGCAAUGGUUACGGAGCCCUGGACGAAUGGAAUUCUGCACAAGUGUGCACACUUCAGGGACAAAAUCCACAGCACUCUGCUAAUCACCCUGCUGCUAGGAGCAUGGUGUUCUGAAGCCCUGGAGAUGUCAGUGGGGAAGAUCCCCUUCCUUGAAGCAGUGAACGGGAGCACGGUGUUGCUGCCCUGCAUUUACAGCAGCUGCAUUGGCAUCAAGGACUUGUACUUUAAUUGGCAAUUCAAUGAUAAUGGCACAAUGAGGAAGGUAUGCGAAGGUGUGAUCCCAACCGAGACGGUGGAGCCGCAUGUAAAUGUCUAUAAGGACCGUGUAGAAUUUAUAGGUUCCAGCAAAACCAGCAACAUCUCCAUCUUGCUGUGGAAUGUCACCUUUGACGAUGAGGGAGAGUACACAUGCUUUGGGCGCAACCCCAAGGAAAAGGGAAAAAAUCACAGUGCAAUUUUUACCCUUAUUGUUGUGGAUGAGCUGAAGGUAGUUGACAACACCCUGACCAUCAUUAUCGCGUCGGCAGUGGGAGGUGCCAUUGGUCUAUUGAUGGCCUUCAUGUUGUUGAAAAACUUCACCCUCUAUGUCCUUGCCAAGAUUGAAGAGAAAAAUAAAGAGUGCCUUGUGAGUUCCUCAGGGAUUGAUAAUACUGAAAACGGCCUCUCAGGAUCUAAAGUCGACUCCAAAGCGACACCAAAGAAGGCAUGAACUGUGUUACAUUUAUCUUGUUUUACUUGUUUAGCAAUGGUCCGUUUUUUGUUGGUUCGUUACAUUUAUAUGGAAAAAAUACCUGUUUCCUCUGGGCUGGAUCAGAUG